CCCCGCCCUCCGCACGCGGUUUCCUGCUCCUCCUUCCUCUCCUAGCUCCAGCUGUUUCUCUGUCUGAGUUCUGUCCCUGUCCCACACAGAACUCUGGACAGAGUGAGGCUGUUAGGAGGUUGCUGGGGGUGCUGUGCUCCGCGGGGCUCAGAGGAAAUCUUGCAUGAAUGGAUGAAAUGCUUCCAAGCAAACAGCCCCUACCAGCACAGCUGUGUGACCCGGAGAAAGAGGCCAGUGCGCGAGCGGCCUGAAGCAACAGGACCCCCCGAGGGGGAGACCCAGGAGAAGGUGUUUCCAGCUGUGCGUAGUGACCAGCUGGCUGGGGACUCACACUGGAGUUCUGUUCUGCAACAGUGAACCGUGAAGGUCUCCAAAGAGAUGGAGUACUACGGCGCUUACAAUGAUUCCAGCAGUUACGAUGAUGAGUACUCUGACGGCUUUGACACCAUUAUGGAUUUGGAGGAGGUGAACCCGCUGGAGACCAAGGUGGUGGCCCGCGUCUUCCUGGUGGUGAUCUACAGCGUGGUGUGCUUCCUUGGGAUCCUAGGCAACGGCCUGGUGAUUGUCAUUGCCACGCUCAAGAUGAAGAAGACAGUGAACACCGUGUGGUUCGUCAACCUGGCAGUGGCUGACUUCCUGUUCAACAUCUUCCUGCCGAUCCACAUCACCUACACUGCCAUGGACUACCACUGGGUGUUCGGGAAGGCCAUGUGCAAGAUCAGCAGCUUUUUGCUCAGCCACAACAUGUACACUAGCGUCUUCCUGCUCACGGUCAUUAGCUUUGACCGCUGCAUCUCUGUGCUGCUUCCUGUCUGGUCCCAGAACCACCGAAGUGUCCGGCUGGCCUACAUGACCUGUGUGGCCGUCUGGGUCCUGGCUUUCUUCUUGAGUUCCCCAUCUCUUAUCUUCCGGGACACGAACCAUGUGCAUGGGAAAACAACUUGCUUCAACAACUUCAGCUUGUCUGCCCCUGAGUCGUUCCCACACUCCACUCACUCCCGAAUGGAUCCUGUAGGGUACAGUAGACACAUGGUGGUCACCAUCACCCGCUUCCUUUGUGGCUUCCUGAUCCCCGUCUGCAUCAUCACGGCUUGUUAUCUCACCAUCGUCUUCAAGCUGCAGCGCAACCGCCUCGCCAAGACCAAGAAGCCCUUCAAGAUCAUCAUCACCAUCAUCGUCACCUUCUUCCUGUGCUGGUGCCCCUACCACACCCUCUACCUGCUGGAGCUCCACCACACAGCGGUGCCGGUCUCUGUCUUCAGCCUGGGACUGCCCCUGGCCACUGCCAUCGCCAUCGCCAACAGCUGCAUGAAUCCCAUUCUCUAUGUCUUCAUGGGGCAUGACUUCAAGAAAUUCAAAGUGACUCUCUUCUCCCGCUUGGUCAAUGCCCUGAGUGAGGACACAGGACCCACCUCUUACCCUAGUCACAGGAGCUUCACCAAGAUGUCAUCACUGAAUGAGAAGCCCUCAGUGAAUGAGAAGGAGACCAGUGCACUCUGAGCCUCACUUGGGAAUGCCCCCAUGGGUGCGGCAGCCCAGGGACACCCAGGGACUUGUCUCCUGAAGUGGGAGACGUGGUGCGAGCCUUUCUGGUAUGCUCCGAUGCCCAGUACAUUUUGUACAAGGUGACUCAUGUUUUGAGUGGGAUUCCAGAGUGUGGACACUCUUCCAGCGAAGUGGAAGGCAGAUCAAUCCGAACCUCUGGAGCGAGAGUAGGGGACCGGCCUUGACUGACUCAGAAGAGGGCAGGGUUCUCCAAAGCCAAGGCCUGAACUGUGAUCAACAUUUAGGUACAAGAUUUCCCUCUGGGGUGGGUGAGGAAGUCAGAGCAAACCCAUUGCACACCUGCUACAGCCACAUGACAGUCAGUCAAUCCAGCAAGCCAACCCCCCACCCCCACCCCGGCAUCCUCCAAGACCUUGACUUUGGAUUUUAGAUGAGCUUGGAAGACCAGGACCUGAGGGGCUGCAUGGAACCCUGCAAGGGCAAGGCGGGCAGGCUGUGGGUGGUGGUGGUAAAGAAAUGGAGGGGAGCAGAAACCCCAGAGGAUAUGGGCGUAGAACAUCUCAGCAGCGUGCCACAGGAAGAUGGUGCUCUAGGUUGUGGAUGCCUGGGGUUCAGGUGGUGGUAGCCCUUUGCUUUAGCGCCUAUACACACCUGGCAUUGUAACCUGAGGCUGGGGUGGGGACUUCUUCACAGAAGUUGUUCAUUCCAUCCCGGGGGCUCUUCUCUCCUUCCCUAGUCCUCCCAACUCUGGCUGGAAGGUCUUAGAAUACACAU